AUGGCUGCCAACUGCUCCUGGGACCCCCAGGCCGCUGCUGCUGACCGGAACAAGAUGUGUCCCAACGACGAGGGGGACUCCAGGGAACUGUACGGCCGAGGUUUCCUGACCCUGGAGCAGUUGAGCACGCUGCCACCACCCGCCGUGGUCCACUACAGUGUCCUGCUGCUGUGCCUGUGUGGCCUGGUGGGCAACGCGCUGGUGCUCUGGUUCUUCGGCUUCUCCAUCAAGCGCAGCCCCUUCUCCGUCUACUUCUUGCACCUGGCGGCCGCCGACGCCGCCUUCUUGGCCAGCAGGGCCGUGUUGGCUCUGCUGGGCGCUGGCGACCUCCAGGGUUCGCUGGCCCAUUAUGCUCGGGCCUUGUGCCGCCUGGCAGGCCUGUGCGCACUGCUGGCCAGUGUCAGUCUGUUGCCCGCGGUCAGUGCUGAGCGCUGUGCUUCGGUCACGAUGCCAGCCUGGUACUGGCGCCGGCGGCCCCCACGCCUCUCAGCCGUGGUGUGUGCCCUGCUCUGGGCUUUGUCCCUCCUGCUCACCGCCUUGCACAACUACUUCUGCGCCUUCCUGGGCACAGCAGCGGCGAAGGCCUGUGCGCACAUGGACACAUUCCUGGGCAUCCUGCUCUUCUUGGUCCUGUGCCCCCUCAUGGUCCUCCCCUGCCUGGUGCUCGUGCGCGUGGAGUGCCGCCCUCGCCGGCUUCAGCGCUCGGCCAAGCUCAACCAUGUGGUCCUGGCCGUGGUGUCCGUGUUCCUCGUGUCAUCCAUCUACUUGGGCAUCGACUGGUUCCUCGUCUGGCUCUUUCACAUCCCCGCGCCCUUCCCCGAGUAUGUCACCGACCUGUGCCUGUGCAUCAACAGCAGUGCCAAGCCCGUCGUCUACUUCUUGGCCGGGAGGGACAAGGGGCAGCGACUGUGGGAGCCGCUCAGGGUGGUGUUCCAGCGCGCCCUGCGCGACGGUGCCGUGGAGCUGGGGGACGUGGGCAGCGGGGGCACGGCCAACACCGUGGCCUUAGAGAUGCAGUGCACCCCUGGGAAUGCGUCCUGAGAGGUGCUGUGUUUGGAGGCAGUGGGGCAGCUGG